UGCGCAUGUCCAUUUUGAAACUUGCGUAGUCUGUUAUGUUAGUGUUCUUAUCACAUACGGUUUAAAUGGUUUAUUGUAAGGAAAUUAAAAUGACUUAAAAUUGAGGGUUAGAUUAUACUGUGACAAUGUAUUUAAUUGUUUAUUUUGCUGUUAUUUUUGCUGGAAUGCUCACAGAUGCAGCUGCAAUAGACUGCUUCAGUUCAGAUCUAGAUGUUUGCAAUGCAGAAAUUCCCGAAUUUCCAAAUUUAUCGUCAAGAGAUCCCACAUUUGUAAUUACCAACAAAACGUCAAAUGCGACAUAUUGUGAUGUGUAUUCAAUAACCACAUCUCAAUGGUACAAAAGCGAAGCAAGAAUGAGUGUAAGUUGCCCAGGCAUGUACAUGUGUGGCACAAAAUUCCCUAUCUGGAUGGUCGGUAAGAACCCAGAGCCGGAAGAAGGUGUGGUGAAUCGUACAUCCUGUCUGAGAGACUUUGAUAGUUGUUGUCUGAAUAUCUACAAGAUGACAGCUGUCAAUUGUGGAGAAUUCAUGGCUUAUUGUAUAAUUGAUCUACCAUCCAGUUGUCAUCAAAGAUAUUGUUUUGACAUUGGACCAUUAUCAACAAUAGAUCCACAACACACUAACGACAUGCCAACUAUACAAAGAAGCUCCACCAACAACCCUCCUGAUAUUGGUGUUUCAACCACAACCAGACAAAUGCACAGUACAAGUGCUACUAGUCAUUCAUCAGGAAAUGAUAACAGCUCUAUCCAGAUCACUAUUGCAUUAUCAGUGAUUUGUCUUUUGAUAGCAGUUAUCUGUGGAUUAUUGAUCGUUAUCAUCCGGAACAAAAGAAUCGCAAAGAUAAUCGAUGAACCUGAGAAAGAUAAAAAGUAUGAGAAAUUAGAAAUAGCGGCUGUUGGUGCAAAUGAGAAAAUUUAUCCCGUCCUGACUCAAGACACUAUAGAACAAGGAAAGUUCGGAGUUUGCUUCAACAAGACAGAUCUCAUUAAUGUUGAAAAACAGCUGACCACCGCUGCCAAAAGAAAUAAUUAAAUCAUGCGACUGUUUUCAUACUAACUAGAUAGAAACUACAUGUAAAAGUGUUACUUUUCAUUUCACUUGCCCUAUAUGCUUUUGAUUGUCAUGUUGGAGUUCUGUUUUGCUAAGCAACUGUUUACUAUAAUGAAUACGCAUAAAAACAAUAACAUUGACAACAUCACAAACUCGAAGAUAAAAUAUCAAAUCAUUAUCAAAUUUGAUCGUGUAAACGAUGGCUUCUCGUCUUAAAUUGUAUUGUUUCAAUGUUUAUGUUGAACAUUUGAAGAGUUAUCUGACAAUCUCGAGAUAUCAUAUCCUUUAAAGGCUUGUGUUUUCCUAAAACUAUUGUUACAAGAUGUUUUAAAGUAAUAAAAGGGAAUUACACAAUUAUUUUGUCUUUUGAACCGAGUCUUCUUUGGAGAAAUGAACUCCUAUAAAAUCAUGCCUCAUUUCUAAUUCAAAUAAUAACAACCUUACAUCACAAAUUAUUUCCUUGUUGGGUUAAGCAAACUAAUGUUAUUUUAUUAUUGAAUGUCCUCUGUACCAAGAUAUUAGACAAUUGCAUAUGAAAAAUAUGUUUGGAGAAAACCUAAUCUUUUAAAUUUACAGAAUUAUUUCAUUCUGAAAAUGUAUGGAUAGUUAAAAAUUAGAUAUAUUUAUUUUCAAAAGUUUUAAUGAAUGAGACAAUGCACUGUAUCAACGAUAAUCAUGUCCGUUCAGUGUAUUAUACAUAUAUUAUAUAUAAUAUUUGUUAUUAUGAAGAAGAAUUGACUUUAAAAUAGACCGAUUUCGUGUAUUUCAUGCUAACAUCAUAUUAUUGACGCUAUGUAAAUACCAAUUGUAUUAGUACUGUUUACUGAUUGGCAUAUUGCCUUUGUAUAAAUAAAGUUUAUCAUAUGUCAUUUAAUCGGAUAUUUUCCCUUUAACUACACAUGUGUGUAAAAACCUUACUUAUAAUAGAUAAUUGUUAAUACAAAAUAAAUAUGAUAAUUUUGA